AUGAAAGCUUUAGAAAAAAUUGCAAUGGAAAAACACCUCUUACCAGAGCAGAAUGAAGAAAAUGAAGAAACCUUCGAUAUUGAAAUUUAUAAACAACUACAGAGUAUUAGAUAUCAUCAUAUUGCCACAUAUAUGAACGAAAAUGGAUACUCUACUCCAAGAGAAUAUCAAGUCGCCGAUCCUCCAACAAAGUAUCGAGCAAUUUCUAAAAAUUUAAUUUGGCAUUGUGAUAUCCAUUAUUUGUAUGGUAAUAUCCAAUAUCCAUUCUUCGUAUUUCUUGAUGAUAUGACAAGAAAAAUUUUAAUUACAAAAAUUCUAAAAAAUAAAAGUUCAGCUUCAACAGCGAAAGUUUUAAGGAAAAUACUUCGCGAAAUCACUCCAUAUUGUAUAUGGAGUGAUAACGGAGGCGAGAACCAGGGCGAGUUUGCCCAAGUAAUGCGGGAAAACAGCAUCGUAUGGAAACAUACGAUGCCGUAUAUGCCGCGCCAGAACGUCAAAGUCGAAAGACUUUGGCCAAGUCUGGAAAAGAACUUGCCUCUGAAUUUCGAAGAUAUUGCCGAGGUAAAGAGAGCAAUUGAAAAAUUCGUAGAAAAUUAUAACAACACACCUCAUUGCUCACUCGAAAUAAACCCAGAUACAAGCACAGAGUACACGCCAAACGAACUUUACUCAAAAGCUCCUUUCUGGUACGAACCAGGAAAAAGAAAAUGGGAACUUUUUAUUAAAGAUCAAUGGAUUGAAAAAGAAUUCGAAUAA